AAAACCAGAGAACCCAGAGGACGAGGAGGCAGAUCCAGAUCAAAGUCCAAAAGUGGAGUGAAAUGCUAUCAUUGUGGCUAGUUAGGCCACAUGAAAAGGAAUUGCUACUUGUUGAAAGGAAAAGACAAGAAAAAGGUUGAAGAUAGCAAUACAACCGCUGUAGCAUCUACCAGUGGCGGUGACGUGACUUUACUAUGUGAUCGUGGGGAGUGCUGCCAUUUAGAAAACUCGGAUGCUGAGUGGAUAAUUGAUUCUGAUGCCUCUUAUCAUUGUGUUCCCAAAAGGGAAUAUUUUUCAACAUACAAAGCAGGAGACUUUGGCACCAUAAAAAUGGGGAACAAGAGUGUUUCUCAUAUUAUGGGAGUUGGUCAACUGAACACAGUUGAAGAUGAGGCUUCUCCAAAUUUAUGGCAUAAUAGAUUAGCUCACAUGAGUGAGAAAGGAUUGCAACUUUUGGCUAAGCAGUCCCUUAUUCCCAUGGCCAAAGGUGAAUAUGUGAAUCCUUGUGAUGUUUGCCUAUUUGGAAAGCAACACCGAGUUUCUUUUCAGAAGAAUUUGACUCGGAAGGAGAACAAGCUAGACUUGGUCUACUCUGACGUUUGUGGUCCCCUGGAGACAGUUCUUGGCACACCACAACACAACGGUGUUGCAGAACGGAUGAACCCUACCAUUGUGGAGAAAGUUCAAUGCAUGCUAAAAAUGGCAACUCUACCUAAGCCAUUCUGGGGUGAGGCAGUCAACACAGUAGUGUAUCUGAUCAACCGGUCACCUUCAGUUCCUUUGAAUUUUCAAAUCCCGGAGAAAGCUUGGACGGAAAAGGACGUUGGAUACUCUCACUUGAGAGUGUUCGGGUGCAAAGCAUUUAUGCACGUGCCAAAGGAACAGAGAUCAAAGCUGGAUGAUAAAGCCAUUCCAUGCAUUUUUGUUGGAUAUGGUGAUGAGGAGUUUGGCUACAGACUAUGGGACCUACAAAAGAAGAAAACUGUCAGAAGUAGAUAUGUCGUGUUUCAUGAACACGAGAAAAUUAAUGAUUUGAAGGAGGACAAAGCUACAGGAAGCUCUGGAGAGGGUGUAGAAGAUUUAACAUCGGCAAAAACUCCUUCAAGAAAAAUUACAGAUGAAGAAGAGGUGCAAGCACCAGAAGAUGAGACAGAGGAGCCAACAAUUGAAGAAGAUGAAGCAAGUAUAGAUGGGGGAAAUGAUGAGCAGGGGGAGCAACCCCUGCCACAGGAGGAAGAACCUCAGUUGAGAAGGUCCACCAGAGAGCACAAACCAUCUGCAAGAUACCCCAGUUCUGAUUACAUCUUGAUCACUGAAGAGGGGGAGCCGAAGAACUUCCAGGAGGUGCAGUCUCACCAAGACAAAGACUGUUGGAUGAGAGCCAUGCGAGAAGAAAUGAACUCCCUCCACAAGAACAAUACUUAUGAGCUUGUGGAACUUCCCAAAGGAAGAAAAACCUUGAAAAACAAGUGGGUAUUCAAGCUCAAGAAAGAUGGUGACAAGAUAGUCAGAUAUAAGGCUCGAUUGGUGGUAAAGGGCUUCAGUCAGAAAAAGGGGAUUGAUUUUGAUGAAAUAUUUUCCCCAGUGGUAAAGAUGAGCUCGAUUCACGUUGUGCUUGGUCUAGCAGCAAGCAUGAAUCUUGAGCUUGAGCAUUUAGAUGUGAAAACUGCAUUUCUUCAUGGUGACUUGCAUGAGGAAAUUUAUAUGGAUCAGCCAGAAGGUUUUGAAGAACAAGGGAAGGAGCAUAUGGUUUGCAAAUUGAAGAAGAGCUUGUAUGGACUAACGCAAGCUCCAAGACAAUGGUAUAAGAAGUUUGACUCUUUUAUGAUGAGUCAUGGUUACCAAAGAACAAAUGCAUAUCCAUGUGUCUACAUCAGAUUGUUCCUUGAUGGCAACUUCAUUAUCCUUUUGUUAUAUGUUGAUGAUAUGCUAAUUUUGGGACAAGAUGUUGAGAAAAUUUGCAGGUUAAAAGAGGAGUUAUCAAAGUCCUUUGACAUGAAGGACUUGGGACCAGCAAAGCAAAUUCUGGGUAUGGCUAUUACCCGUGAUAGAAAGGCUGGGAAGCUGUGGUUAUCACAGGAAAAGUAUGUUGAACAGUUGCUUGAAAGGUUCAACAUGAAACAUGCUAAGCCAGUUAGCACUCCUCUUGCAAAUCACUUCAAGCUAAGUAAAUGAUCUUGUCCAACUACCAAAGAAGAAAAGGAGAAAUGUCAUCUAUUCCUUAUUCUUCUACAGUCGGUUCACUGAUGUAUGCAAUGGUAUGUACACGGCCAGACAUUGCUCAUGCUGUUGGUGUUGUGAGUAGAUUCUUGUCUGAUCCAGGCAAGAUUCACUGGGAAGCUGUUAAGUGGAUCUUUAGAUAUUUGAGAGGAACUACCAAGUUGUGUUUGACUUUUGGGUAGACUGAACCAAUUCAGGAUACACAGAUGCAGACAUGGCAGGUGACCUUGAUAAUAGAAAAUCUAUUUCAGG